UCGACAAUGCACGUCGAAUGUAUCGGAAUUCCGGAGGAUCGUGCUACAAGGUGAAGAUAACGAGGGAAAGUGGAAAGAAUAGAGAGUAAUCGUUCUCUUAUCAUCGAGGUGUAAGCAGUCGCGUACUAAGACAAUUCGAUUCCGAUAUCUCGACGAUUUGAAAUAAAGCUUAGAGCAUUACUGAACUCUGUCGUAAGGAACAAACAUAAGCAACAUCCGCCCGAUUCCGUGAGAUAAAGAUCAUCAACAGGCAGGAAAGGGGGAAAAAAAAAAUGGCAGAUGAGAAAAUUGUGUCAGACGAGCGAUUGCACGAUUAUUUGCGUGCAUACGCAAAAAGCAUCAAGUUAUUGGCCCCAAAAUUUCACAUAACUGAGGGCACCAACAUCGGUGAUAAUUACGUUAGCCUCGUCUGCCGCGUCACGAUCGAGGGCGUCGCUGAAGAUGGCGAGGACAAGAAAACUGGGCUUAUUCUCAAAACUACGCGAACUUUGGACACCAGCGAAGCUCUAUCUAGCAGUAACGUCACAAAUAUGUUUCAACGCGAGAUGUUCUUCUAUAAAGAAGUAUUGCCCAUUUUCAAAGAGACUUUGAAGGAUCGCGGCGGGAUUAUCGAUCGCUUCCCUAUUUUAUACAACGCGAGCGAUGAAUCCGGAAAAGAGAUACUGAUGUUAGAAAAUCUAUCGCCUCAAGGUUUCGUGAUGGCCAAGUCAAAAAUUUUGGAUUAUCCUCAUCUCAGCUUGGCGUUACGAUGCUUAGGUGAAUUUCACGCAUACAGCUUCAUUACGCGUGUUGCGAACCCAACGAGCUUCGAGAAAUUAAAGAUGGAAGAACACAUGUUUAAUAAACGAUUUGCUGGUAAUACGAAUAAUACGGAGAAGUAUUUAAAAAUGGUUAUUGAACUCGUUUUCAAGGCUUUAGCGAAUGAAGAUAAACAUUAUUCCGAAAGAUACCAACGAUUCGUAGAAAAUAUUCUGCAAAACAUAUGCGAUGCAGUUGAUGGAAAAGCUGCUGAGCCAUACGCCGUUGUAAAUCAUGGUGAUGCUUGGACCAACAACAUGCUCUUCAAAUACGACGAAGAGAACAAUCCGUACGACUUGCGUUUUGUAGAUCUUCAGCUAUGUCGUUACGCAUCUCCUGUCUUAGAUCUAGUUUAUAUACUUUUCUGCUGCUGCACGCAAGAAACACGAAGUAAAUAUUUCGACCAAGUAAUACACGAAUAUUAUGAAACGCUAUCCAGGUCUAUCGAAAGAGCCGGUUAUGAUCCUGAUGUCCUUUUUCCUUACGAAGUAUUAUCUGAACAUCUUACUAAAUUUGGAAAAUACGCAGCAGGAAUGGCUACUUUCACUAUGCAUAUAUUUACCGGUAAUGUAGAAAUAAAAGAUACAUAUGACAGUGAUAUACUUCAAGAAAGAAUAGAAAAUGAUAGCUUUUAUAGAAGUAUGUUAAUAGGUACUUUUAAAGAUCUCGUCGACAGAAAUUAUAUAUAAAGUAAUAUUUUCAUAAUAAUAUUGCGAAUGCCAAAGGAAAAUCUUGGAGUCACAAAAGUAAAAUAUUAUGUAUUAAACUUAGAAAUCAGUAUAGCUGUAGUAUU